AUUUUUGUCACUGUUUACAGUGGUUCCUGUAGAUAAACAACGGUUAGUGGUAUCACGUACAGACUUUUGGGAGCAUAGAAGUAUUGUAUUGAGAUUAAUGGCUGCAAGGAACUCCAGAAAACUAAGCAAAAUGAUUGCUUUUUGGACUUUCACACUUGUUAUCGCUGUUUCCGUCGAGAGAUCGCAACAAAGUGUUUCAACCGAGUGCGUGAGAAAAUGUAAUCCUCAACAACUGAAACGCUUGACAAGAAAGGUCUCAAAACUUUUCUCAAGCUGCUAUCACCAGUGUCUGGGAGUGAGGAGAGCUGCACGUGGACAAGCCCCAGUCAGGCCAGGGAUCUUUCAAAAACGCUUCAGAAAAGCUCUCUCACCUAAUCCUAAUUGUCCAGGUUCUUCACCAAAACAGACCCAGGACUGGAAACCAAGUAACAUUAAUGUGACCUUUGGUCAAUAUGAAAACACCACUAAUUGGUAUGCAAAGGUAUCUUGGACUCCUAUGAAUGAUUCAAAUGAAAGCUGGACUUCGAUACUCAUCCGCUUUUUCGCAAAAGACGCCUCUACUGGAGACGUGGAUUGUUUAAAGUAUCCAAAAAAUCAAAGCGUCGCGACAGUUAACAUUACUUCGUAUGGCUAUCAAUAUCCAAACAAAAUUUACUUAGAUGUGAUUGAACUUCUGGCCAUAAUAAAGUUUAAGACUGGUAAUAUACCAUUUCGCUCGACCUUCUCAUCCGUUUUUUAUUCUUUUCUUGUAGUGCCUCCAACAGUUACUUCUGUGGCACAGACUACUCCUACAGCACAGACUACUCCUACAGCACAGACCACUCCUGCUACCGAGACAGAGACUUCUCCUGCUACCAACACACAGACUCCUCCUACUACUGACAAGGGAAAAUCAGAUAACACCACCACUCUGAUUACCGCUGUCGCAGUGUCUCUCGGUGUCCUCGGAGGAUUAGCGUUCGCUGCCUGCCUUUUAAAGAAUAUUUUAAGCCGCAGGCCGAAGAGCAGUAAACUGCCGCCAGAAUUCAAAUACCACGCGUUUAUCAUUUACAGCAGCGAAGAUAAAUGCUGGGUGACUGGAGAAUUACUUCCAUUCUUGGAAGAAGAAAGUCAUUUGAAAUGUUGUGUUCAUUACAGAGACUUUAUGCCUGGGAAACCUUUUGAAGUUAACAUGGCGGAGAGUGUUUACAACAGUUACAAAGUAAUUGCAGUGUUUUCCAAAAACUUGGUUGGCAGUAAUUACUGCAUCCACGAAUUAGACCUUGCCAAGCAUCGCCUUCUUAAAGAAAGAGACGACAGCCUGGUCGUGAUGAGAAUUGAUAAAACGGAUUGCGAGAUGCUCCCUCGGGGAUUGAAGAAACGAAGUUUCAUAGACUAUGCCAAUCCCUUGGAAAAACCUUUUUGGAAAAGUAAACUCAUUAAAUUCCUGGACACCUCCAAGGAUCUUGUUGAAGAAAGCAGGAACGAAGACAAAGACAAUAAUAACUGUUUUCCAAACGAUUUUAUCGAAGAAAAUCAGCAGAGAAGAACUACUUACGAAAGAACAAUCAGUACCGCUACCGAAGUAUCUGUUAUUUCAGAGACAGAGGGAACCUCUGUUUAAGAAUGCGAUCUAGAUUUAUAGUCGUGUUAAUAGUUAUACAGGUUAUUGUGUUCUGGAAAAAGGUUUCAUGAUACCAGCGAUCAAAGAGAUCUUCAAGGCACGAUAAGCUCGUCUAGUAUUCACGACGUUUCUAUCAGCCGUUGUCGAUAUGUUCCCUCAAAAGUUGAUUAAGUUUCGCAUUUCUUUAUACUUCUUGGAUGGGAAUGGGAAGAGGGGGGGAUUUCUUUUUUAUGGAAAACCUUUUCUAAGAAAUAUACUUUACUACUUAUCGCGCUCCUGGAGAGCCCGAAGGAUUUUAAAAGGGAGGCGCUUUGCAAAGGUUCGAAAACACGAGUAGCACCGCCACAGAGAUAUUUAUUUCGCAAAGGGACCUUUACUGACAUAGAACGGGAACCUUAACAACUUUGUUUCAUAUUAAGAUGUCUUUCAUAUUUUGAGUUAUAUAUUUUUGUAUGUUGUACUUAUCGCUAGCUUUGCUGAAAUUAGUAUAUAUAUUUGAAAAUACAAACAGCGACAACAGAAAAAAUAGCUUUUGAACUUUU